ACGGAUCGCGGAGGUUGGCGGAAGCGGAGCUGCGAAAGGUUCUUGUUGGUCCGGGAGUUGAGAGUAGGGGGCGGGAGUGGAGGUCGUAGAAGGGUAGCACGACCGAGGGUGGGACCGCCGCCGCCGCCGCCAUGGCCUUGUCCGAGAGUCAGCUGAAGAAAAUGCUUGCUAAGUACAAGUACAGAGACUUGGCCGUUCAGGAAACUGUCAAUGUUACUGGCCAGUACAAAGAUCUCAAACCUGUUAUGGAUAACUAUGUUUUUAAUGAUGGUUCAUCAAGAGAAUUGAUGAGCCUUACUGGAACCAUUCCUGUAAAUUACAGAGGCAACAUUUACAACAUCCCAAUAUGCCUGUGGCUACUGGAUACAUAUCCAUUCAAUCCCCCAAUCUGUUUUGUUAAGCCAACUAGUUCAAUGACAAUUAAAACUGGGAAGCAUGUUGAUGCAAAUGGCAGGAUAUAUCUUCCAUAUCUACAUGAAUGGAAACAUCCACAAUCAGAUUUAAUAGGACUGAUUCAAGUUAUGAUUGUGGUGUUUGGAGAGGAACCUCCCGUCUUUUCUCGACCAACCAUUUCAGCUUCCUAUCCACCUUAUCAAGCAACAGGGCCACCAAACACUCCCUAUAUGCCGGUAAUGCCAAGUGGAAUCUCUUCUUUUCCUCCUGGACAAACUCCUAACCCAAGUGGUUAUUCAAGCUACCCUUAUCCUGCACCUAGUGGACCAUUUCCAGCAACAACCAGCACACCACAUUAUCCUUCUCAGCCUCCUGUAACCACUGUGGCAGAUGGCAGAAGAAAGCAGAAACAGGUAUGGAUUUGUGGUCAUUCUUAUGUUUUCUGGGCAGAAAAACGGGCACUUGAAAGAAGCUUUGGUCCACAAUUGGGAAUUCGACUGGAGGAUGCCAAAAUACAUUGGCUAGGAAAGAGUGGAAUGGUGUGGGAUCAAUUAGUACCCAUCCUGUUGCAUACACGACGGAGGCUAACAGAUCCUGAUAUAUUGGUGAUCCAUCUAGGAGGCAAUGACUUGGGGACAGCUAGUAAUUUGGAUGUCAUAAACCGAAUGAAGAAAGAUUUUGGACUUCUUAAGCAGAUAUUCAAGAAUACCAUUCUAGUCUGGUCUAAUAUCAUACCCCGGAAAGUAUGGAAUCAAGAGAUACCCCAUAAAGUGAUGGAGAGAAGCAGAAGAAUACUCAAUGAGGAAAUGGGCUAUUUUAUACAAUACAUUGGAGGGACUGUGAUCCAACAUGAUUUACUUGUACCAGAAUCUCCUGGAUUGUUCCAUCUAGAUGGUGUACUCUUAUCUCAGAGUGGCACAGAUAUCUUCAACCUGGAUUUACAAAGUGCUUUAGAAACUUUGAUUUGAUUUUUAAUUGGAAGAAAAAUGAUACCCAUUAUGUAUUUAACAACUGUGGACACUUUCUACAAAUAGAGAAAGUUCCGAACAGCGUGAUAACAUGAAUUUAUAGAUAACAGACUUAGCCUAUGAUUUAGCUGGGUACUGAUUGCUAAUGCGGUUGUCUGUGACAUUGCUCUAUAAUCUGCAAAGAAUUUUUGUGGUAAUACGUUUUAACUAUUUUUUGCAAAUACAGUUUAUUUUUUCAUUUACUUUAAUUCACUAUUCAUGAAUGUUGAAUGAGACUGCCAAACAAAUUAAUCUUUGAUUGAUUCCAUCUCCCCAAAGUGAAUAUAGCAUGAUUAUAUCAAUCUACAGUAUAAGUAACGGUUUACAAAGCUGUUUCAGGUGAGUCAGAUGGGACUAAUUAUUAAGUGUUAUCAUAUUGGGGUUAGAGUUAGUGGGGUCAUUCCAGUUCUCCUGUAGAAGUUUGACAAGCCCUUUUGUGUAUACAUUGAGGAUCAUGCACAAGGAGGGGACAGGAAGGAAAAUCCCAUUACACAAACGGAAGCCAGCUAAGAUAUAUUGGCUAUAGCCAACUAUUACCAAUUCAGCAUUGCACCUUAGAACAUUUCUUCUUUUCAAAAAGGGGAAGAUUAUUUAAAUAUAAUUGGAAGAUCAAAUUAAGAUCUAGUUUCUGACACAUUGGUUUUUGAAAAUACUUUUCCUAGUUAAAAAGUUAAGCAAUUCUAUUUCACAAUUGCAUGUCUUAUAAGCAGCAAUUAAUGGCUGGUUUAAAUGUAGUAUUCCAACUUAAUACGCAUAAUUUAUUAAGCUAGGAAUACCAUUUUAGUCCCACACAUUCUCCACCUUUCUGCCUUUUGUACCAGCUUUGAUCCAAAUCAUAAUAUCUGUUAGUAUUGAACUGUGGUAUAAAAUUGUUUCAUUUACUGAGUUCUUAAUAAUAUGCAUUGAACCAUAUCUCCCUAUUUUUGGCAUAAUGGAAAAUUGGUUUAAAAAUGGGGACUUAAGAAUUGCUUCUCCUUUGGAAUUGGUGGAGUAAUUGUUCUAGAUAUGGCUCUUAGACUUGUAAGAAGGGUUUCAAUGAUUCAUUUUCCUAAUGCAUGCAAAAUAGUAUUAUAUGCUUCUUAGAGCAGUUAUGAUACUUGUAAAAUGCUAUUUUAAAUGAGGGUCUACAAAAAUAUUUUUGCUAUGGUUUUGUUAACUCUGAGUGAAUACAUUUCUGUGAUAAUUAAAAUGAAAUUGUAAUUUUUUUCUGUCAAUAUUUCCCCUGGGAUAACAAAGCACUUUAGAGCUUUUGUUUGCUGUGCUUGAAGAAAAUCUUUCUUUGAUCCCAAAUGCAUAAAGGUAGAUAUUCUGCUUAUCCCAAAGGUAUUGUUAAACUGUUUGACAGUAGCUCUAUUAAGAGAACAAUGCCACUUCAUGUUUUGGCAUCACUGAUCUGAACCACAAUUUGCUUUGAAGGAUUGUUCAAGAGAAGUACAAUUUUAGAAGUAAGUAAGGAAAAUUUAAAAUACAGAGAUGUGUAUUUUUUUUCAAAAACCCCCUCCCCAAAAACCUGACCUACUGUGCAAUAACAAUUUGGUUAUUAAGGAGGAAACCAUUUUGCAAACAAAUCAAGACUCAAUUUGUGUUUCAAUAUUGAAUUCAACUAACACUGCAUUUAUGUGGUAUUGUGACUUUAAUUUUCUUAACAAGCAAGAGGGAAUUCACUAUUAAUCAUUUAGGUCGAUUUUCUGUCAUUUCUGAAGUGAGUUCCUUACUCGAAAGACUUCCAAGUCUGCUCAGCCUCUAGGAGAGGGACUUUGAAAGCUUCAUUCCGUAAUGAACUGAAUGACUGAAAAUAAGACAACAGGAAUAGAAUGUAGAAGACUGAGGUGCAGAGACUCCAUCUUUUAAAUAUUAACUUCAUAGAGUGAAACACUUGAGCAGAUUUAUUUUUUGUAAUUUAUUUUAAAUAUCUCUGAGGUUUCCAGCCACACGAGGAGAAUUAUACUAUCUGUGAGAGCAAAUAGGACUGUGUUCAAAUGUAUAUGGCAUGCUUCAGUUUUUUCCAGUGAGGGUUUAAGAGCACAACUGCUAAAAACAGCAAUUUACAGAUUACCUUUUGUAUAUUUGCUUGUAAAAGAGCCUUUAAGUUCGUAUUUUGUCAGAAUUUAUCUUUCAUAAACUAUUGACAUUGGACAUCUGUUUGAAUCAUCUGAUUUCUAUAAUUUGGAGGGUUCUGUUUUAAAAAUAAUAAAACAUUAGCCUUUGU